CAGUGGUAUGCGCAUACGCGCUGACGUCACUGCGUCCGCACGCGCAGUGACAUACUACAGACUCAACUCGGCACCCAUAAACAGCAACUGCGCAUGCGCAAAUUUGCACGCGUUGUCGCCUAUCACAUUAAUAUAAGGAUAAAAUUUGGGGAGCGCCAUUGUUCGAAAGUAACAAUGACUAGUAAACGCAAGCGUCAAGAAGAUUUUCAGAGGGUAAAACUGAAGGUUGGACGGAAAAAAUCGAAAGCUGAUCAUAUUACCGACACCAGUUUUAAGUCAAAAUGUAUUCAUCUGAGCAAGCAACUUAAGGAUGGCCAGUCAUCUCUUACCAAUGAGCGAAAGUUAAACAUCACGGAUCUUCUCUCACAGAUGCAUCAUUACAAUGCUGGAAUUAAGCACAGUGCUCUUGUUGGUCUUAAAGAACUUCUUACUACCUAUCCUUCAAUAAUCGAAUCACAUAUUUCAAAUAUAAUCAGUGAAAUUGGUGCUGUAUUUACAGAUAAAGACUCGGCUGUUAGAAAAGCUGCUGUUUUUCUCUUACAAUAUUUGGUUCCAAAAAUUACUCCUGAUAAAAUUGCCCCUUUUUUUCCUCUUGUAAGUGCCCAUCUAUCCAGUGCAAUGACUCAUAUAAUAAUGGAUAUUCAGAAAGACUCAUUACAGAUAUUGGAUAUUUUUUUAGAAGAGUAUCCAGAAUUACUUAUUGACCGCAGCAACAUGUUGUUAAACAAUUUUUUGGAGCUUAUUUCCCAUCAGAAGACCUCCAAGGAAUUUAAGAGAAGAGAUGAAAAAUCUAGUUGGACAUUGGCUGUCAGUGUUGACCAAAAGAUUAUUUCUCAAAACUGGAGAUUAAAUGUCCUCAUUAGGCUGAAAAAGUUUCUUUAUGCAUUUGCCAGACAUGUUGCAAAAAACAUCCCUGAUGAUGAAUUUACAGAGACAUCAAAAAAAAAGCCUACAAGAGAAUCUCAAGAUGUAUCUUGGAUAAAGCAUACAAGUAGGAAGCAGUUUAUCAACUUAUACAAACAUUUUGAAGGUUCUUCAUUUCAGAUGAGGACUUUUGUGAUGACGACAGCUCAGGCUGAUGAACAUAAUUUUUCAACUAGAAAUUUGAAAGCAUUCACUGAGACCAUAAUUCCAUUAUUGAUUGAAUGCUGGAUUGAGGAAUCACCUGGUACAGUCACUGGAGAUUUUUCUGAAAAACUUCUAUGUCCAUCAUCGCAUCAUCUUUUGCAACAGGUUCUAAGCAUUAUUUCUUUGCUUUGGAAGCUUUGUGAACUUCAAGAUGGACAGCAGAAAAUGGAUGGUUGGCUUCGUAGAACUUAUCUUGCAGAUUUUAGACAUCAUUUUAUGAGCCAGUUUCCCUACUCUGUGCAUGAAAUUGUGAAACAGAAGAAAAAGAAAAAAAAAAGUAACCAGGAUAGUAUGCAUCUUCAGAAUGGUCUGGAUCAUCUUUUAUUAAACUUAACCUUGUGUGACAUCAUGAUCCCACUGGCAAGUUGUCCUACUGUUCCAGAGGAUUCAGAAUGGCUAUCGAUGAUUCGAAUGUUUGUUUCUGAGAAACUGAACCAAGGGUGGAAGCUAAAUUGUAAGCAACUGAAAAGGCUAUUGGAUGUGACAAAUAAACUUCUGAAUAUCCAGAGAAAUAGAGUCGCUACAGAAAAGUUGUUUCACUCAGUUUACUUAUUGUACCAGCAGAGAGAGCUGCAACUGUCAGUGCGUUCCAUGCUGUUAAAAUUCCUAAAAAAAGUUUAUCUAAAAGAAGAGGAUGUUUGUCACAAGCUUGGAAGAAGCCGAAGCAAUAUUUUGUCUCGAUGGAUUUCUGGCUUGCCUCAGCAGCUUGCCAAUCUUGGCUCAAGAAGCCCUCAACUUUCAGCCAUAAUUAUUGAUACAGUAUACACUGCUGCAACCCGUUCACACAUUGAGUUACUUCAGAGUCUUCAAACUGCAGCAUGCCAAAUCUACGAUCCAAAUGAGGGACCUGUUGUGCUGCUUCCACCAGAAUCUCAAAAACAACUUGUGCAGCUUUUAUAUUUCUUACCUUAUAUAUCAUCUGAUUUACUUACUUGUUUAAGUAAGUGUUGCAUCACAGAAAGACUUUCACCGAAUCUUGGUUCCACGCUCAUUGGAAUAUUGCAUGCAAGGUCCUCCUUUGCAAGUUGGUCGUGCUUGGGACAAGACUGUACAAUGAGCAAUCAGGACUAUUUUAGUUUUGUGUUCUCUUCUCUCAUUGGAUUUUCAGCAGAGAGGUUGUCAUGGAUGCAAGGCACAAAACACACUACUCAUGUCAGCAAAACACAGGUUUCACCAUUGUGCCUAUAUCUGACUGAUCAGCAACAGUUUGCUCACCACUGGAUGAUUACAAAGAUGUCAGAGACAGUGUGUCUGCAUUCUGUGCAGCAAGUUCAGUGUGGGGCCCCCAGGAGAUAUGACGGUGGUAGGAUCUGCUCAGCCAUCCUGAAUGCAGUUUGUUCCAGUUUGUCAUCUGUGAGUGCAAGGAGUCAAUGCUUUGAAAUCCUUCAAAAUGCAGUCAUAAAGCACCUGGGUGAAUUGGUAGUCCUCCCCGACAGUACAGCUGGCUCUAUCUUGUAUGCCAUAAAUACCCUUUUUGACCAAAGUUGCAUUCCUAGCGAACAUCUGUAUAGGUUUUUACCUUCAUGCUGUUACAGCAUUUUCAGCUUCUUACUCACAAUUGGAAAAGAUUUUGAGCAUCUUCCUAAAAGGGACCCUCUCUGGUCAGCUUGCAUUUCUUUGUUAUCUAUGCUCCCUAAUGUCCUAAAGUUCAUGUUAAAGGAUCUUCAGGUUAGCCGAGCCUGUCAGGAGGAACUACCUGUAAUUGCACAGUUGCUUUGCCUCUUACUACAAAACAUUCAACUUAGAAGUCACAUGAUGGCCAAUGCUUUUCUGGUGCAGCAAACCCUUCAGGAUGUUAUGAACCUGAAAUGCUGUGAAAGUCAAGAACAGUGGCUGACAGACCUUCAAUACUGCUUCAACACGUAUCUUCCCAAACAACCUCAUGAAUCUCCUUCUUUUUCUGCACUGUACUGAGGAAAUACAUACACCUUAAGUCAUUUGACUUAUGUUUGAUAAAUAUUUAAUGCUGACUUCUUAUCUUGAUGUUUCUAUAAAAACUGUAUCCACAUCUGCUUUUUUUUUAUUAUUAUUUUAAAAUCGGCACAGUACAUAAAAGUAUAGUGGCAGGUUCCUAUUUUAAGAGCUUCCCCUAGCCGCCCCCCCCCCCCACCACCUAUUACAUAGCAUCAUAGAAGCUGUUCAGGUCAGUAAUGGCUCCAUUUUGCUAGGACACCGCCAUUAAUAUAUUUGGCUAUGCAGAAGGUCAGAGUGCAUUUUCUCCUCUGGCAUAGAUACACGCACAGUGAACGCACAACCCACUGCUUCCCACCCCUUGUAUAAAAAUACACUGGCACAUCAAUGACCUGUCACUGCCUACAUGGGAGGAUAUCAACACAGAAUUGCAGAAGUAGAAAUUUUUGCACAGAAAGCAACCCUUUGUGUACUGACAGGCCAAUAUAAAGGCUGAUACAGAGGGUAGUCGAUUGCCAGUGGAGAAGAUGCAUUUUGUGCCCCUGGCCUAAGAUCAGAAGUUAGAAGGCACUCGUGAAUACUUCUGUCAUUAUUUUAGCACAGUGUCAUGGAUUAAUGUUCCAGCUUUCACAGACAGGUUUAAAGCAGACAUAAAGAUAAGGGAGAAGGUGUAUGCAGAGCUUUUUAAAUACAAGGUUCUCAGUGACCCAAUAUUCUUUGGACCUGUAGAGUUAAGUGACAUAUUUUUCAUUAUAUUAAACUUAUAAACAAAUUGAAUUAUGCAGUGUAACAGUCCUGUUGUUGGAAAGGCUGGCAUGAGCUGGCAAAUCUGUAUAUAAAAUUGGAAAGUGUCACUAUCCUGUUUUUAAACUGCCUUACAAUACAAUUACCUAUAUAAUAUAGAAUUGAGUAAAUAGCAAGAAUAUAUAAAGGGUAAUAUUGCAGUAAACUCUUUUUGGUUCUUUAACACCCCUGAUAUUUUAAGCAGUUGCCACUGCAGACAAUACAGUUUGGCACUGGUAAAUCUGAAAUCUUUUGCCCCAAAGCCCCCAAAAUUGUCCUUUGUGCCAUAGUCCCUAAAAGGUAAAAUACAGCUUUACUUGAUGACUAUUGCUUUUAUAAACAGGAAUAUUACCUUUUUGAUUUAUAAAUGAAGAUAACCAAUUGUUAACUAAAGUCAGAAAAUGUAUGUUAAAAACAAAUAAAACUCUAUUAACCUACAUGUUUUGCAUACACAAAUAAAAUCUUCAAACCAACUAA